AGUGGUGUGUAUUCGCGCAACAAAAUUCAGGCGGAAACUGAAGAGCGGAUGAGUUGAGUCGACCGCGUUUUGCGAGUGUCGGUUUGACUGCAGUGAAACAACGACAUCGUUUUAUGUUUCAUAAACACGAUAUGAGCGUCCAUACAAAUGUACUUCUCAAAAUGCUGUUACAUUUGUAGCUAUUACUAUUAGCUGACUUACAUUGCUGACUUCUCUGUUUUGUUGCUGAGUUCCCAAACAAGGAAACUUCAUCCGUGACAGUUAAAUUCAAGCAGUUGUCAGUCAUCGGAUCCAGAAUUUAACCGGGUGAGCAUCUGGAUCAUGUCAGAUUUAUGUUGGUAAUGCCAAUAUUGUCCUCAAUGUCUCGUAGUUGGCAAACCAGCAGGAAGAUACCUUAUUUAGUGACGCUUCUUGACUGUAAAUUAGCUUAGUAGCCAGAGGUAGCUAAAUUAGAUAGCUAGCAAAUUAGCUCGGGUGAUCCAAACUGCAAUGACAAUCCAGCUACUGUAAUUUCUCUAGCAGCACUGCCAGCAUAUAAUGUGUUUUCGCUGUAAUUAUUUUCAGAAGAUUGGAGUCUUGUAUUUAUUUGUAAGUGAGUAUCUCACCAUGAUCAUAAUCACUUAUACAAUGUUUUGAUAGUGCUAUUUUUAUAUUUGUUACAGCUCUUUUACUGGUCAUUUUGUUACAGAUGGAUCAAAUGUUAUUAUACACAUAAUAGCCUAAUACAAAUAAACCAUAUCAUAUUGUCAUAGGCUAAAUGCACAAAGGGUACUUUCUAUAUUGGUGACACGGAUGACAAUGACAUGUACUUUGAGCCUGAGGCAAUAGCAUUGCAAUCUUGAUGGACAUAGGUCAAUGAAGAGACUAAAAAAGAGUGGUCGCUCUUAUUAUUCCCCUGCACAAGAAAUGGUGAAUGCAAAAACGGUCUACUUUCACAGUGACAAAAUACAAACUUCCGACAGUUACCCCUAUAAAUUGCAGAAACACCCUACUAAGCAUUGAAAGGGGCUUGUAUGUGGAGUCUCCAUCAUUUCAACCUGGUGAUGUGCUGCCUAUGAUCCGUGCUCUUAUCCAAAAAAUGGAGGCAGGUAAUUGCCCCGCUGGAAACGAGGAGAAACAAACCGUUUCCUCACCUUCAGCUCAACAGGAGAACACUGUAUUUCAGUUCUCUAGAGCUGCUUCCAAGGCUUCUUACCCUGAAUCAGACGACCUGGACUCCUUUAACCUGAUAGAGCCCCCUCCUCUGGAAUGGAGGUCAGACGACUCUAGUGAAGCAUGUUCAGUGGAAGAGAUGGACGACCCUAGCUUCCCUCCCUCGGUCCCUGUGGACAGUUCAGAGGACGGACUAAGUGAGUCCCUACCUCCCUUGUACACCAGUGACACUGCAGCUUCUUCUGAGGUAGUUAGCCAGGAGGAGCUAAUCGACUAUGCUCCUGAGGAUAACACCCCAACCAAACAGGUUCUGGAUCCUAGCAAAGAGGGAGGAGAGGUGGGGGAUGAGAUGGAGGAGAAGGUUGAGAUCAGGAGAUCAAGUGAUGAAGACCACACUCGGAUCCACCACCUGCUAAGCCGACUCCAGGUCAUUGGAGAAAGCCCUCUCCCCAGGGACUCAACCUCUGACCCUACACCACCACCAUCAGCAUUCUCUGAGCCCUCUGAAUUUGAGCCUCCAGGCCCAUCUCUGUUGAUGGACAUCAGCCCAUUGCUACCAGACCCAGAGCAGAACCUGAAACAGGCCUCGGAGAUGCUUUUCUCAGAGAGUCUCCAGAGAGACCUAUUAGGGCUGUUGGAGUGUACAGAGGUAGGGGCUUCCCAGCCCAGUUCCUCUGACAUCAAGGUUCCUCCUUACAUGGCCCGGAGAGGGGAGAUGGACGCGGUGGUGUCGGUCUCCUACAACCAGGAGGAUGGCGAAGGAUUCUUGGAACACUUUGGGAACGGCUGGCGGCUGCGCAAUAGGGAUGACUCCGUGGAGUCUUUCCCGGAGGACGAGGUCCCAGAGCCCGUAUGGAUAAAGUUAGGGGAGGAGGCUCCGGAGGUAGACUCUGCAGAGAACAGUCAGCGGGGCGCAGAGGACCGCCCAGCCUAUAAAGACGUGCCUGGCCCCUGUGACCCAAAUGACCUUCUGGAUGGGGUCAUAUUUGGGGCCAAGUACCUGGGCUCCACCCAGCUCAAGUCUGACAAGAACCCCUCCACCAACGCUCGAAUGAAACAGGCCCAGGAGGCUGUGGACAGGAUCAAAGCCCCAGAGGGAGAGUCUCAGCCUAUGACCGAGGUGGAUCUCUUCAUCUCCACUCAUCGCAUCAAAGUCCUCAGCGCAGACACACAGGAGGCCAUGAUGGACCAUCCUCUCCAGAUGAUCUCCUACAUCGCAGACAUCGGCAGCACCGUGGUCCUGAUGGCCCGCAGGAAGCCGGCCGGGGGGCGUAAGGGCCAGGAGGGGAACCCUGCUGAGGUCAACUCCCCCGGGCCACAGACAAAGUGCUGCAUGAUCUGCCAUGUGUUCAACUCUGACGAGGCCCAGGUGAUCGCUCAGGCGAUUGGCCAGGCCUUCGGUGUGGCCUACCAGCAGUUCCUCCAAGCCAACGGCAUCAAGGCCAGUGAGCUGAGGCCCAGCGAGUAUAGUGACUACCUGGGGACACAGGAGCACUACAACGGAGACCUGGUACACUUCUCGGAUUCAGAUAACAUCAGAGAGGUGUCCAUCUCCAAGGCUCCCGGGGAGAUAGUGGGGGUGGCUGUGGUGGAGUCGGGCUGGGGCUCCAUCCUGCCCACGGUGGUCGUGGCCAACCUGCUCCACGGUGGUCCUGCAGAACGCUGCGGGGCCCUCAGCAUAGGAGACCGCAUCAUGUCAGUCAAUGGCACUAGCCUGGUGGGCCUCCCCAUAGCCACCUGCCAGAGUAUAAUACGGGAUUUUAAAAAACAAGCAGAGGUGAAGCUCAGUAUCGUUCACUGCCCUCCUGUCACCAUGGCAAUUAUCAAGCGACCGGACCCAAAAUUUCAGUUGGGCUUCAGUGUAGAGGACGGGAUUAUCUGCAGUUUGAUGCGUGGAGGGAUCGCAGAGAGAGGGGGCAUCCGGGUCGGACACCGCAUCAUUGAAAUCAAUGGGCAGAGUGUGGUAGCCACUCCUCACGAGAAGAUCAUCCACAUUUUGACUAACGCAGUCGGGGAGAUUCACUUGAAGACCAUGCCAGCCUCUACAUAUCGCCUUCUAACGGGACAAGAAACGCCAGUAUUUCUCUGAGAGAACGCAGGAGAGAAUGCUGCUGGUGCUCUCAGAAGAAAACAAGGAAGAAUAGCGUUUUGAAGCUAUACACAUGCACACACGCAGCCUCAAAUAGGACUAUGCAAUUGGACUGUAUCACCUGGCUAUUGAUACACCACUGAACAUAAUGGGGUUAUCCACCUGAACAGAAUUUUUGAUGAUGUAUGCUGGAAUAUCAGGAUGAUACAGCAAAUGUUUUGAAAGAUCGAAUUGUUAAUAAAUCCCUGUUUAUAUUUAUGAGAUGUUAAAGCAGAUAACCUCACUUUUUCUAUUGACAAUCUCAGUUAUCUUACUACUAUACUAAUUAUCUUUCUGAACAGGAAAAGCAUGAGUACCUCCAAUGAAUUGCUUCCACCACCAUUCUUUAGUUGCCGAUGUGCCUCAGCUCAGUGGAACUUGAAUUCAUGGAGAGGAGCCUAAUUUAAGAUAGCUGGUCCAUAUCUCUCGUCAUUACGUGCUUCCCACCUCUAGACAAUGUCAUUGAGUAACAUGCACAUCAACAAGCGACUACUACAUCAGUGUUACAUUGUUAUGUAUCUCCGAACAGUGUACUAUUAAUAUGCUGAAAGAUUUUACGUUGUGCAUGCCAUUCCCUAUUGUUCCCAUUUCAGUGCCUGGAAGAAUUCAGAACGUAGUUCUGUAUUUUCAGGAUCAAAGGUAACUGCCUUUAGUGUUAGAGAUAUACACUGAGUGUACAAAACCUUAAGGACACCUGCUCUUUCCAUGACAUAGGCUGACCCGAUGAUUCCAGGUGAAAGCUAUGAUCCCUUAUUGAUGUCACUUGUUAAAUCCAUUUCAAUCAGUGUAGAAAGAUGAAGGGGAGGAAACAGGUUAAAUAAGGAUUUUAAGCCUUGAGACUAUUGAGACAUGGAUUGUUUAUGUGUGCCAUUCAGAGGGUGAAUGGGCAAGACAAAAUAUUUAAGGGUGCUUUUGAACAGGGAAACGCUCAACAGCUUUUCCAUGGGUAUCAAGAAUGGUCCACCACGAAAGAACGUCCAGCCAAUUUGACACCUUGUAGAGCCCAUGCCUGACAAAUUAAGGCAGUUCUGAGUGCAAAAGGUGCUGCAACUCAAUAUUAGGAAGGUGCUCUUAAUGUUUUGUACACUUAGUGUAUAUUUUUAAUGACUGCAGUUUUGUAUGUUUAUUUAAAUAAUAUAUCCCAAACAAUUUCCAUUUGUUUUUCAAUUGAAUUGAUUAUGAACUGGGGACGUGUGACUAAACCCUGUAUUGUAUACUGCUGUUCUGAUGGUAUUGUGUGAUAUGUUAUGUCCUUGUUCUACCUCCAAAGUUUCAUAUUUGAUCCAAUAAUGGAAAAAUGUACACAAUUUUUUAAACAAUAUAACUCUGUGACAAUAUUGAUGCCUUAGAAUGCUCAUAAGUGGGAGUAGCUGUAUGGUGGGUCAUUCUCUGCAAUGUAUGGAACUUAGUUUUUAUGAGUUUUAGGUCUGACCCUACAGUGACAGGGUGGCAAUGGCAUCUAGCGCCCUACAUAAUUUCUGUGAUGGGGAUAUGGCCCGGCCACAUUAGCCACCACAGGUGAGUAUCAGGGUCAUGUAUUAAGGGCACACAAUAGCAAAUGUUUUGAAAGGUUGUGCAACGGAAUAAAAUGACCUUGAUGAAUAUUUAAUCACUCCA